CAAGAAUAAGGAAGAUACAUCUAUCUAAACCUGUUUUUAAGAUGGUUUCUAACCAGACAAUAUCUGCUAAACAAGCAGAGGGAUUUAUGGGCUCUAAAUAUUCAAUUGUUGAUCAUGAAUAUGAUGUAGUAGUAGUUGGUUCUGGAGGAGCAGGUUUAAGAGCAGCAUUUGGUCUUUCAGAGGCAGGAUAUAAUACAGCUUGUAUUACUAAGCUUUUUCCUACAAGAUCCCAUACAGUUGCAGCUCAAGGAGGAAUUAAUGCAGCACUUGGAAAUAUGACAGAAGAUGAUUGGAGAUGGCAUAUGUAUGAUACAGUGAAAGGAUCAGAUUGGCUUGGAGAUCAAGAUGCAAUUCAUUAUAUGUGCCGUGAGGCACCUCGUUCAGUGAUAGAACUUGAGCAUUUUGGAGUACCUUUUUCAAGGACUAAAGAAGGGAAAAUUUAUCAACGAGCUUUUGGUGGACAAUCUUUAAAUUUUGGAAAGGGUGGACAAGCAUAUCGCUGUGCAGCUGUUGCAGAUCGUACUGGACAUGCUAUUCUUCAUGCACUUUAUGGGCAAAGUUUAAAACAUAAUACUAAUUUUUUCAUAGAAUAUUUUGCUCUUGAUUUGCUCAUGGAAGGAGAUACAUGUGUUGGUGUAAUUGCUUUGAGCAUGGAAGAUGGAACAAUACAUCGAUUUCAUUCUCAUAAAACUAUUUUAGCAACUGGUGGUUAUGGAAGGGCAUAUUUUUCAUGUACGUCUGCACAUACAUGUACAGGUGAUGGCAAUGCUAUGGUACAACGUGCAGGAUUGCCUUUAUCAGAUCUUGAAAUGGUUCAAUUCCAUCCAACAGGGAUUUAUGGUGUUGGUUGUUUAAUUACAGAAGGUUCUAGAGGAGAGGGAGGUUAUCUCUUGAAUUCUAAAGGAGAACGUUUUAUGGAACGGUAUGCACCUACUGCAAAAGAUCUUGCAUCUAGGGAUGUUGUUUCAAGAUCAAUUACUAUAGAAAUUCGUGAGGGAAGAGGAACAGGUCCUUUAAAAGAUCAUGUUCAUUUGCAACUUUCCCAUAUACCUGAAGAUAUAUUACGUGAAAGGCUUCCUGGAAUAAGUGAGACAGCAUCAAUUUUCUGUGGGGUAGAUGUUACUAAAGAUCCAAUUCCUGUUUUACCUACAGUACAUUAUAAUAUGGGUGGAAUACCUACAAAAUUCACAGGAGAAGUAAUUACAUUGGAUAAUGAAGGAAAUGAAAAGGUUGUACCAGGGCUUUAUGCCGCUGGUGAAGCAGCAUGUGUUUCAGUACAUGGAGCAAAUCGUUUAGGUGCAAAUUCAUUACUGGAUAUAAUUGUAUUUGGUCGAGCAUGUGCUAAUCAUAUAAAAGAAACACUUGAGCCUAGAACUUCAUGUAAACCUCUUUCAAAUGAUGCUGGUCUUGCUUCUAUUCAAAAUCUUGAUAAACUAAGAAAUGCCAAUGGAUCAAUUCCUACUGCUAAUAUUCGUUUAAACAUGCAAAGAGUUAUGCAAACAGAUGUUUCUGUUUUUAGAACUGAAGAAUCUCUACAAAAAGGUGUAGAAAAUAUAAUGAAAGUUGAUGAAAGCUUUAAUGAUAUUAAAACAACUGAUAGAGGUUUGAUAUGGAACACCGAUUUAAUAGAAACACUUGAAUUGCAGAAUCUUCUAACUAACGCUUGUCAAACAGCACAUUCUGCAUUAGCAAGAAAAGAAUCUAGAGGUGCACAUGCACGAGAAGACUAUAAAGAAAGAGAUGAUAAAAACUGGAUGAAACAUACACUAAGUUGGCAAGAUCCUGUUACAAGAAAAGUUACUUUAAGAUAUAGACCUGUUAAAUCUAAUACUUUAGAUGAAAAUGAAUGCAAAUCAGUUCCUCCUUCAAAAAGAGUUUACUAGGACAAAACUAUCUUCAGUUCUAAUUUCUUGCUGUU